CUUCUGUUCCGCUCUAAAACCCUACAAAUAGCAGGUUUCUGCCUCAUUCUCUUUCGAGCUCUCUUUUCGCCCUUCAUUUUCCGUGAAAAUCCUCUCCCUCCCUCUCUCGUUAGCCCCUGCAUCAAUGGCCUCCGUCUCUGCGACUUCCAUCCGGUUCGGAUCUUCGUUACAGCAAGCGAAUCGGAGUCAGGUAGCUGGAAGGAUUUCCAGUUUAAGGUUGGUCUCUGUUGGCAGGGUGAAGAACGUCAGCUUCCCAUCUCUGCGGACCUCCCGAUUCCAGAUCUGUUGUGCGGCCAAAAAGGAGACAGUUGACAAAGUCUGCGAGAUUGUGAGGAAGCAACUGGCCUUGCCUGCCGAAUCUGUACUCAAUCCAGAGUCCAAGUUCUCUGCUCUUGGUGCAGACUCCCUUGACACGGUGGAGAUAGUGAUGUGCCUGGAAGAAGAGUUCGGGAUCAGUGUGGAAGAAGAGAGUUCUCAGAAUAUCACCAACGUCCAAGAAGCUGCUGACAUGAUAGAGAAGCUGGUCCAGAAGAAAUCUGAGGCUGCUUAGAGAGAGAGAGAGAGAGAGAGAGAGAGAGAGAGAGAGAGAGAGAGAGAGAAGAGAAACAAGAGAGACAGGUAUUAGAAAGAGAGUGAAAGUAGCAGUUUUGGAUUUGGUGAGAAAAAUAGUUUUUUAGGGUUGCAAUGCAUUUAUUUUUAUUUUUAUUUUUCCAUUGAGAAAAGAAUCAAGAGACCUCGUGUGUCCAACUUUUUGGAAAGGCCAUCCCUAUUGAGAGAAACUA